UUUCGCUAACACAGAGUAGCGAAAGCGUCUUAGAGGGUCUUGGAUAGUAAGAAAUGUGCUCAAGAACUUUGUGUUCUUUAGACACCGGUUAUUACGCGGAUACUGUUGAAUGGUGUCCUAUAAAAGGCUUUGAAACCUAUCUCGUUUGUGGAACUUAUCAACUUCUGGAGAAAAUAAGCACAAGUGACUGUCAGUCUGAUAGUAACAUUCGAGUGGGUAAUGUUCAACUGUAUUGCCUUGAUGAAACGCUUCAGAGGUAAGAAAUUAUCAUCAUUGUUUGCUAUUUGUUGUAGUUGUUGUCAGUAAUUAUAAGGAAAAAGAAACAACGCGAAAGAAUGAAAGGGUAUUAGGACAUAUUUGUAGAUAUUUUAAGGGCCUUCCCCCAUUUUGAGGAACUUGGAGAAGGGAGGGGGAGGGGAAGGGGAGGAUUUGUUUUGAUGCAUUUCUAGGGGAUGGGGGUUUGGGGUAUAUGUUACAGGUGUAAAUUAAAUUCAGGUUAAAAUUUUUUAACUUUGGUUGAUUCUCAAUUUUCUUUAUCUCCUAGCCCUGAUUAUUCAUGAAUUAGAGCUAGGAGACAAAGGAAAUUAAGAAUCAACCAAGAGUAAAAAAUUACCAUAGAACCUGAAAUCAAAUUUGACCUGAAACAUAUAUUUUGUAGUUAAUUUUUUAUCUCAGGUAAUUUUUGUUUUUCGAUUGUUUCAACUUCAUUAGCGUACAUUACCAUACCUAAAGACAAGAGAAAAAGAAAAAUUACCUGAGGUAAAAAAUUAACUAUGACAUAUACAAUAAGCAAAAAUAUAUGAAGCAGGGAUUGUUCUGUGUAGCUACACCUGAAGGAUAUGCUCUUGAAAUCUUGUCCAGAGGCUAUAGUUCCUGCCACUUUCAAACCACUCCCUGCCCAUCUUGCGUUAGUUUUACAGUAUGAUACUAUAACUGCUAACCGGGACCACCUUCACAAAGUUGACCAAUCAGGUUGCAUGAAAAUAACAAUACACAAAUAACAGCCCUGUCUCUUGACUGCCUUCUCCCUACAAGCCAUUGAUACCAUGUAUUACUCAUGUGAUAAGAAUAUCUGUUGUCUGGGUUUUAAAGGGUUGAGGCCAGGCACCUUAUUUCAUUCAAUGCAUCUCUGAUCCCUGAACACAUCUUUCAAUGAUUUAAGUGUUUUGAAUUCAUUGUCUUUAGAUUGGAGAAACUGCAAAGUUUUGAAUUUGGUGGUAUUUUAGAUACAAAAUGGUAAGUUUAUUCUGCUUUUGCCUGAAGUAUUCUCCAACUCUUUUUUUACAAGUUUGUAUAGUAGUAAAGCUUUAAGGACAGUGUAUGGUGUGGCCCCUAAAAAAUUCCUUAAACUAUUCACAGGCUACCCACUUCACUAAAUGGGUGUCCUGUUCUUGGAGCUGUUACAUCAGAUGGUGAAGUGAAGAUAUUUUUUCUCAAAGAAAAGGUAUGCACCGUGUUAAUUCCUGUAAGACUAGAUUGUUGGUCAAUGGUAUAAAUAAUGUUAAAAGCUGCUACAGACUGGUAAUAAUCACAGAUUGAUAAAUUGUGGUUUGCAUUCCAAUUCUGUGAUGUCACAAGAUUUUUAUGUGAAAACUAGGUAUAGGGGGAAGUAGCGUGCAUGAAACUGACAGAGACUUCUGCGUCAGAUAAAAUGGCAUCCAUUCUCAAUUUUUCCCUUUGUAUUCACUGGACACCCAGCAGAAACAGGAUUAAAAAGCAGUCUGUCAAACCUGCAAGAUUGUUCUCCUUUCUCUUGACAAGGAAGGAGUAGAUUUCAAAGGAUGAUGUUGGAAAUAUUAAUAAUUUGUAAUAAGCAAAUUACCACCAUUUGUCACACAUCUACUAAGAAGACAAGGACAAAAUGUUAACAUUUUCCAGAACUGUAAGGCAUAUAUGAUUAGUAAUUAUUAAUAAACUUGUGUUUAGUGGCAUGGUGCCCUGAUGUAGACCAAACCUUAGUACGUGCUUUAGUCACAUAUCGUCAAUCAUCACCGUAAUAUUGUUUUGCUUGGAAUUGACUUUGAGCCUCAAUUUUGCUUAUAGAGAUUAGUUGAAGUAACAAGUUUUGUUGCAAGUCCACAGAAGUUGUGUCUCUCUUUGGACUGGUCAGUAAAGAAUGGAAAAAGGUAUGAAAACAGCAAUGAAUUUAUUUCUUGUACAUCAUUGAGUAUUUCACUGUAUUUCUUUUUACAAGAUCUUUAUAAAUGCUAAAUUAGAAAAUCAUUAUUCAUUCAAAAUACUUCUCCAUCUCUGGCUUGAACCCCUUGUCUUAUUCCUCAUAACCAGCUAUGGCUGACAAGGCCUGGUCUGUGACCUUGCCAGACAUUCCUUCAUGAUGUAAAUAAUUAUUAUACUAUUCAGCCUCAUCCAAUAAAAUAUUGUUGUUCAAUAAAUUUAUAAUUUAUGUACAUAAAGCAAGACUAGUACUAAAGAUACAAUAAUUUUAUAUAUUAAAUGAACACGAUAUGUAAGAGGACAAUGAUAGGAAUGGAGGUAUUUAUCUGUACUACCGCUACUACUACCACUACUACUACUACUACUACUACUACUACUACUACUACUACUACUACUAAUACUACUAGUACUACUACUACUAAGUUGGCCACAGCCGAGCCUUGACAAGAUUAUUCCAAACUCUUCAAUCAUGCAUCAGUACCUCUAACUCCUCACCAGAGUACACAUCAGCAUCUCGCUUUAAGAUAUCAGCUAGUGUUGAUUUUGGUUGUCCUCUACAUCUAUGGCUGUGGGUUGGCUCCCAAAGGAUGAGUUUUAUUCAUUUGUAACUAAGGUUUUAAACUCUUAGUUCUUAUGAAAGAUUGACUUCAGUCUGUUAUGAUAACCAUGUAAAGUUACAAUAAAAAAAAGGAAAGAGAGGAAGAGAGGUUAUUGCUAUUUUUUCUACUUCUUAUACAGUGUAAUUGCAGUGAGUGAUUCUGGAGGCCAGGUCAGUUUAUGCCAAUUUGACGAAGGCACAUCCAAGCUCUGUCAAACUUUACAAUGGAUUGGUCAUCAGUAUGAAGCUUGGAUUACAGCAUUUGAUGCUUGGAAUUCUGACAUAGUUUACUCUGGUACCUUUUCUGAAACUGUCUUUGUUGUGUCUGAUUCAAACUUUGGCAACCUGUGUUAGGCAGUCAUGCGGCCAAAGCUGUAGCAUUUUUACUAUUAGUGUUGAUGGUCUCUCUCAAGUUUAAAGUGAGAUGAACAAUUUCAUGAAAUAUUUCUUUAUAUGCUCUAAGACUCUGGUGUCUGUACGAAAGCCUAAGUUUAGAUGUGGUGUGCAUCUCCAAAAAUCUGAGUCGAUCUUGGUUUGGCAGCUAUUUUGAUGCUUAAGCAUUGUUCAAUAAUAAUUAUUAUAUUUAUUAAUUUUCACUUGUUUGAAUUUUGUUAAAAAAUGAUUAAUUUAUUAUAGUGAUUGUAACAGUAAUAAUGUCACCAUUUUUGAUACAUAUAACUAGGUGGAGAUGACUGUCUUCUGCGAGGCUGGGAUACAAGAACAGACUGCCAGAAGCCAACAUUUUCUAGUAAGAGGUAAAUGUGAUGUGGAUAUUACUGUUUUAUUGUAUGAAUCUGUCAGAAAUGCAGUGUUUACAAAUAAGCCAAAAAUGUGUCUGUGACUCCAAAGAAUUUCUACUGGCCAUGGCCACUGCAACUUCAACCUAAACUCCAUUAAUAAUAAUUAUGUGAUAAUAUGAUGAUGAAUAUUUGUAUAGGUAAUAGCACGAUUUGUAGUGAUAUUUGGUGUUAUACGUAAUUUCACGAGCCCUUAGGUGAAGGAUACAUAAAAUUCUCCCACAAAGUGCUUUAGAACAAAAAAAAAAGAAACUGGGAUUAAAACUUAACCCCAGUAACUGUUUAGUACUAAUCGGCCUUCAAACAACUGGGUCCUGGUCUGGACAAGUCCACCUUAGUUAAACCUUUCAUGCAACUUUUUACAGCAUUAGUAUUAUUUUUGUACAGGUUACUUUUAUACUACUCAUCUAGCCGUUCAGAAUGUACCGACUAUCUCUUGGAAUGUUCCUUGGCUGAGCUGGUUAUCAGACACUCAGGGACAAUUAAAUGAUUUUCUUUAAUUGUCCUUUAGUGUUUGUAGAGCCUUCUUCAGAACAAUAUUCUGCUGAGCUGGGUUGUUCAAAGCUGGGUUUUAAAAAUAUAGCCCAGGGUCAGUGUGGAAUUUGAAUUCAGAUAUGAAGGUUUAAAAAGCUAAAAAGAAACCGGGAUUAAAAUUUAACCCCAGUUUAGCACUAAUUGGCCUUCAAACAACCGGGCCCUGGUCUUUACAAGCCCAUGUAUAGUUAAAUCUUUCAUGCGGUUUUUUUUACAGUAUUAGUAUUAUUUGUACAGCUUACUUUUAUACUACUCAUCUAGUUGUUCAGAAUGUGCUGACUGUCUCUUGUACUGUUCCUUUACUGAGCUGGUUAUCAGACACUCAGGAACAUUUAAAUUAUUUUCUUCAACUGUCCCUUAGUGUUUGUAUAACCUUCUUCAGAACAAUAUUUUGCAGGUCAGGGUUUUAUCACAAGCAACGUCAACCCUAGGCCUGCUGUCAAUAUUAGCUUUCGGGUCAUUUUUUAUCAGCAUUGUGACUUGUACGUUAUGCAUCAUUCAAACUAUAUGACUGUGGAAUGUACCCAACGGCCUGAUAUGAUUUCAGUUGGUUUCUAGGCACUGGUGAAUAGCUCUACAAUAUUAUUUUAACCAUCGACUAGGAGUGUCUGAUAACCAGACCCUCUUCACAAAAAUAUCAUCACUGCUGAUCUACAAUUUAUCAUAUCCAUGUAUAUAGCUUGCCCUAUACUGUGAGGUUACCUGGAAGGUCAUGUGUACUUUGCCUCGGGUUACUGACUGCAAUUCAAGAAAAACCUUUCCCUUGUUACUGAAUACCCAUACAAAACAAAUUAAUAAUAUUGUAUAUUAACUGUGUACGCAUUCCAGACAUGAGAUGGGGGUAAGCAGUAUCCAGUGUAAUCCUUGUUAUGAUCACAUUAUGGCAACUGGCAGGUGGGUAUUAUAUAAAAAAAAGAAUGAAAUUCUUAACUUGAUAAACAACACAAAAAUUAAGUUGACAAGGUUCUCUGCUAAUCCAAAAAUUUCCUAACAGCUUAUAAAAGGUAUGCUAAUCUUGUUUUAAGGGAAUGAUGGAUCAAAUUCAUUUUCAGCCCUUAGAGUUACCAUUUUGAAAUGACAAAGUGGUACACCCUUGAUUACCCUUACAUUUUAAAAGCCCUAAUUGGUAUUCCAAUAGUGUACCCCUCGAAAGUGUUUUACAGUGUAGCAAUGUGAUUAAUAUUUAAGGAAGUGUAUAAGAAAGGGUGUAGGAUAAAUUGUGUAUAGUAAAAAACCAGAUAAGUGCACCGAAGGAAGAGUGCUUUGUAUGCAGUGUUAACUUAAACACAAUGUGUUUCACAUGUCUUUAACCAUACUUUACUGUGAUGAUGAUACAUGUAGACUUCAUGCCUGGUUUGUUAUCCAAUGGACAGCUAUGAUGAGAACAUUCUCCUUUGGGACACCAGAAACAUGAAGCAGCCAUUGUGCUCAUCAAGUCCAGGGGGAGGGGUGUGGCGGAUCAAAUGGCAUCCAGUCCAUGGCAACACAAUGUUGACAGCCUGCAUGUAUGAUGGUUUCCACAUUCUCAAUUUCAUUUCUUGCAAAGGUUAGAAAGUUGUCCAGGUUUCUUUUUAAAAAUGUACAUUGAGAGCACAUGCUUAAAUUGCUAAUUUAUGCUGAUUGACUUGCAACAAAGUAGUGGUCAUAAAAAAAAUAUUGGUAAUCACAUUCAUGAAUUUUUGCCAAGUGGAAGUUUCAGUUUUUAACACAGCAAGGAUUAUUGGAGUGGCAGGUAUUUCGAUCCACAUUGUACAAUCCUUUUGACAGCCUUCACAAAUUGUAAGCUCAUAAAUAAAAGUUCACCAAGAUUGCUUUUUUGCUUUCACUUUUUAAGCCUGAAGGAAAUUUUCAAAGUCCAAGACUACUAUAAAGAAACCUAGUAAAGUAAUCACAUGGCAUGUCUGAGCAGUUAGAGCACUGGACUUGUAAUUCAGAGGCCCAGAGUUCAAGUCCUGCCCUGACCACUAGCUGGAUUUGUUCUCAGUUGACCUGAGUUCAAAUCCUCUGCCAUGCUUACAGGGCUGUGCUCUAGCAGAGCCCGGUGGCCCCUGGCACCUAACUUUUGCCCUUGGGUGACUAGAAAAUCUCAGAUUUUUCAUACAAAUCAUAUGCUGGACACCCUAGAUUUUACAGUUUCAAAGCACUGGGCUACCUUCAAUUUUCCUAAGAGCACAGCCUUGGCUUACAAAAUAGCCAACUGGUUUGCCUCCUACCAGUUGAGAUUCUUAAUUAGUUAAGCCCCUGUUAAAUUAUUUGUUUCAAUAUCUCUGAAAAGCCUCACAACGGGAGAGAAUAAUGUUUUAUAAUCUUUCUCUGUUUCUUUCUAACUCACUAAGUGCUUUUGCUUUAGGAGGUGAGUGCCUAAAGAAAGAAGUAUCAUACAAGGAGCAGUCAUCUUUGGCGUAUGGAGCAGACUGGUGCAGGAAGGAGAUCCAGUCUUCUACCAAUUUACAUGGUGUUUACCGACUUCUUAGUGUUCUUUUUGAAUUUGUUUUUCUACGAUCGUGA